UCACAGAAAGCGGUGACUGGAGAACGCCGCUCGGCGUCCUCUGGUGCACAGCCCGGCCUCUGCAGCUUGCAUGCCUGGCUUCCUGUCUGGCCCAUACUGCUCUGCUGCCGCGGGCGCUGCGCCCACCCCUGCUGCCCGAGACAGGCCGGGGCUUGGAGCGUCUCCUGUGUAAUCAGCCGCUUAUUUGGAAAUUGGGCAGGAGUUGCAGCUGCACGCCGGUGUCACUGACUGGUCUUCAGCAUAGCAUGCAGAAGUAACAUGUUCCCAGCACUGGAAAGAGAGCUAAAGCAGGAGGCUCUUCCUGAUCCCUAUGAAGACUUUAUGUACCAUCACCUCCAGUAUUACGGCUAUUUUAAAGCUCAGAGAGGCAGUUUACCAGACUGUGCUAUGCAUCAGCAUGUUUGGAAGCAUAACCCUCGAUACGUGUUGAAUGACUCUUUUGGGGAAAGAGAUGAUUUGAUAUCACAUACCCUGCAAAAGGAGCAGCUUCCAUGGUCUACCUGUUUAUCUUCAGCUGUGCACAAACAGAGAGAAGCUGUAAGCAGAGAUUCACUUAUGCUGAACUCACCACUUCUGAGGAGCAAACAGCUUCUUUAUGAUGAGUUGGACGAAGUAAACCCACGUCUUCGAGAACCUCAAGAGCUCUUUGCCUUUUUCUCUACCAGGGGGCCACUGCAGGCUCCAAGAUGGCCAAUAGAAUGUGAGGUCAUCAAGGAAAACAUUCAUCAUAUUGAAUGGGUUCCACCUCAACCAGAAUAUUUCUAUCAACCUACAGGAGAUGAAAAGGUACCAGAAAUUGUAGGAGAAGAAAAAGGCACAGUUGUCUAUCAGUUGGAUUCAGUGCCCACAGAAGGUUCCUAUUUCACCAGUUCCAGAGUGGGAGGCAAACGAGGAAGUAUCAAGGAAUGUGCUGUCACGUUGCAAGGACCAGAAGAUAAUACUCUGUUGUUUGAAUCAAGGUUUGAGAGUGGGAAUUUGCAAAAAGCUGUCAGAGUAGACACCUAUGAGUAUGAACUCACCUUGCGAACCGACCUCUACACAAACAAACACACUCAGUGGUUUUAUUUUCGGGUUCAGAACACCAGAAAAGAUGCCACAUAUCGCUUCACCAUCAUCAACUUGCUAAAACCCAAGAGCCUUUAUACGGUAGGGAUGAAGCCACUCAUGUACUCCCAGUUGGAUGCCAACAUCCACAACAUUGGCUGGAGGAGAGAAGGAAAUGAAAUUAAGUACUAUAAGAAGAACACAGAUGAUGGGCAGCAGCCCUUCUACUGUCUCACGUGGACCAUUCAGUUUCCCCAUGACCAGGACACUUGCUUCUUUGCACACUUCUACCCAUAUACGUACACCAAUUUGCAAUGCUACCUCCUGUCAGUGGCAAACAACCCCAAGCAGUCUCAGUUCUGCAAGCUCCGAACUUUAUGCAGAAGCCUAGCAGGAAAUACUGUCUACCUGCUCACCAUCACCAAUCCAUCCCAGACCCCUCAAGAGGCAGCUGCAAAGAAAGCUGUGGUCCUGAGUGCCAGAGUCCACCCUGGGGAAAGUAAUGGCUCCUGGAUUAUGAAAGGCUUUUUGGACUUCAUCCUUAGCAACUCCCCAGAUGCCCAGCUCCUCAGAGAUAUCUUUGUCUUCAAGGUGGUUCCCAUGUUAAAUCCAGACGGUGUGAUUGUGGGAAAUUAUCGGUGUUCCUUGGCUGGAAGGGACUUGAACAGGCAUUAUAAAACCAUUCUGAAGGAGACUUUCCCUUGCAUUUGGUACACCAGGCACAUGAUCAAAAGACUUCUUGAAGCAAGAGAAGUUCUCUUGUAUUGUGAUUUCCAUGGCCACAGCCGUAAGAAUAAUAUCUUCUUAUAUGGCUGUAAUAACAACGAUCGCAAGUACUGGCUUCACGAGCGAGUCUUCCCUUUAAUGUUAAGCAAAAAUGCACCAGAUAAGUUCUCUUUUCAUAGUUGUAAUUUUAAGGUCCAGAAGUGCAAAGAAGGAACAGGACGAGUUGUGAUGUGGCGGAUGGGAAUCCUAAACAGCUACACCAUGGAGUCUACCUUUGGCGGGUCCACCCUGGGUAGUAAAAGAGAUACCCACUUUACAGUUGAAGAUCUGAAGUCCCUAGGUUAUCAUGUCUGUGACACUCUUCUUGAUUUCUGUGAUCCUGACCAAACCAAGUUCACUCAGUGUCUAGCAGAGCUUAAGGCACUCUUACAACAGGAAAUCCACAAGAAAUUAAAUGAAUUUGGACAAGAUAUGGAUUUAGAAGGAAGUUGGAGUGACAUCUCUUUGUCUGCCAUUGAAUCCAGCACCAGUGGUUCUGACAGCUCUCUCUCAGAUGAGCUUCCUGUUCACCUACGGAACAUAGCAGAUGAGUUUAAUCAGAAGAAGAAGGCGCUUAAAAAGAAAAAAAAGAAAGCACUUCAGACUAGAAAACAGCGAAAUGAGCAGUAUCAGAAAAAUAAUUUGAUGCAGGAGUUAAAGUUAACAGAAGAAACCCUGGAAAGAGCAGGAUAUGCUUCUACUCUGCAAAAGCAGCCUACCUUUUUAAAAAAUUCAGAGAAUUCCCAUUCUUCAACAAUGAAAAAUGAAAAACCAAGGUUGAAAGAGAUGCAGUUAAUUGGAAGAGACAAAGGCACCUCCCUGGACCCAUCAAUGACCACCGUGAUUCUGACUAAGAAUAAAGAGAAAAUGCAGAGUAAGAAGCUAGGCGUUACAGUAUCAUGCACUCCAAAAAGAAGCACAAACUCAAGCCAAGAGCCAGUUCCAGGUAUGAAGCCAAACUGGCCUAAGAACAGAUAUCCUGUCACAAAAAGAGGCCGUGCUGACAUGGUGGUAUACCCAUCCUUGCACAUAUAUACGUACCCGUAGGUAUACCUGUGCCAUGCCACACAUGUGCUUCCUCAGGGUGUUUGGGGUUAGAUACAUUUUGAAACAUUGGAAAGGUAUGAUUGGGAACCGCAUUCAUUUGUGGUAUACUGUGUUGUGCAUUCAUCAUGCACUGAUCUUACACUACAAAGUACAAACUUGAUCUGUGUGCAUGUGCUCAAGAUGCAUACCUCAUGAAUUUAACUAUUUUUUCAUAAAAUGGAAUUAUGAUGUAUAGAAAAGCUUCCUUUAUCAGAAACUGAAGUGUAUGCCCAUGGAAAUACAGCACAUAUAUCCUCAUUUUAACCAAUAGAUAGUCACUCUAAAAUUAUGUGUGAAUCAAUUUUAAAAGAUCAAACUCUAAUUUAAACAUAUUUUGGAAGUGUGCUAUAUAAAAAAAAAAGCCUUGUGUCAAAGCUUUCUAGUGAUGAAUGAUCAGACUGUUGUAUAUCAGGUUUACUCAAAAAGAGGUUUUCCCACAUAGUGAUAAUUCAUGUAUCACCCAGAAUUUAACGUUACAUAUAUUAUGCUCAACAAGGUUAUGUAGAGUUUUUAACCUGAUGAUUAAAAUUCUUUUUCUCU